UUUUCUUCUGAAGUCAUGGGGAUGUUAGACCUUUUUCUGCAGUCCUCCAGUUCCGUCUCCCUGUUGGGGGCUCUGGUGGUCCUGCUGCUCGUCUACAUCAUCUCCUCCUCCAGCUUUAGCUCCCAGGAUGACAGGAAGGAGCCUCCGGGACCAAAACCACUUCCACUACUUGGUAAUCUGCUGCAGCUGGACCUCAAGAAGCCCUACAGCACAUUAAUGGAGCUUUCCAAGAAAUAUGGAUCAGUGUUCACCGUUUAUUUAGGACCCAAAAAAGUGGUGGUUCUGGCUGGAUACAAGACGGUGAAGGAGGCACUUGUUAACAAUGCAGAAGAGUUUGGUGAAAGAGAUCCGGUGAUAUUAGCACAAGAAAAUAACCAACACCAUGGGGUUUUAUGGUCCAAUGGGGAUUUAUGGAAGGAGAUGAGGCGCUUUGCCUUGACAAACCUGAGAGAUUUUGGGAUGGGCAAGAAGGCAUGUGAGGACAAAAUCAUUGAGGAAUGUGGCUACCUCCUUGAAGUGUUUCAGAAAUUUAAAGGAGAAGCUUUUGAUACAACCCAACCAAUGAACUAUGCAGUCUCUAAUAUUAUCUGCUCCAUCGUCUAUGGCAGCAGAUUUGAAUAUGAUGACCCGGAGUUUACAUCCUUGGUAGAUCGAACAAACAGAAAUAUUCAACUUCUUGGCUCUCCGUCACUGCAGUUGUACAACAUGUUCCCAUGGAUCGGCAAAUUGAUGAAUGCCAAUAAGGAAUUGCAAAAGCUGAUUUCUGCCAACAAAGAACAGAACUUAAGGCUGUUCAGCCGUCUGAAGGAGACCCUCAAUCCACAGUUGUGCAGAGGCUUUGUGGAUGCCUUUCUGGUCCAAAAGCAAAAUCUGGAGGAAUCUGGGACCAAUAAAUACUUCCACAACAACAAUCUCAUGUCGACAGUCCUGAACCUUUUUGCUGCCGGCACUGAUACAACAGCAACUACAUUAAGAUGGGGGCUUCUGCUUAUGGCAAAGUACCCAAAAAUACAAAACCAGGUCCAGGAGGAGGUGAGCAGGGUGAUAGGAAGUCGUCAGGUGCAGCUCGAGGACAGGAAGAACAUGCCCUUCACUGAUGCUGUCAUCCAUGAGACUCAGAGACGGGCCAGCAUCGUCCCCAUGCCGUAUCACAGGACGAGCCGAGACGUCACCUUCCAGGGUCACUUCAUCAAGAAGGGGACCACAGUGUAUCCUCUCCUGACGUCCGUCCUGUAUGAUGACACUGAGUGGGAGAAGCCACGCAGCUUUCAUCCCGCUCACUUCCUGGACAAAGACGGGAAGUUCGUCAAGCGAGACGCCUUCAUGCCGUUUUCUGCAGGUCGCAGAGUUUGUCUUGGAGAGAGUCUGGCCAAGAUGGAGCUCUUCAUCUUCUUCACCACCCUCAUGCAGCACUUUCGCUUCACUCCUCCACCUGGAGUUUCAGAGGACGACCUGGAUCUGACUCCACGUGUGGGCCUCAUCCUCAACCCUUCACCUCACAAACUGUGUGCUGUUUCCUGUAUGUGAACAGCAGGUGCUGAAAAUGUUUGGCUCACUGUCAGCACAUCAACUAAAUUACAUUCAAGAGUGCAGGUUUUGAUUUGCAAUUAUAUUCCAUGUAGUGCAACAUCACUGAAUAUGUCCAAUAUCAACGACUUAAUAAAGUAAAUG